AUGUCAGCGAGCGAGGACGAAACACGUCAGCGACUAAAGGCGGCCGUCCAUUUCACGGUCGGUCGAGUUUGUCAAAAUAUGGGCGAGGAACACCGCAGAAAGUUCAGCCGACAAGUUGUAGCUGCCAUAGCAGAGACAGCCUUCGGACAAUGUGAUAUAUUUGCGAAAGAUUUGGAAGCGUUUGCAAAACAUGCAAAAAGAUGCACUGUGUCAGCAGAUGAUGUCAAACUUUUGGCCCGUCGCAGUACUGCAUUGUCAACGCACAUACAGAGGAAAAGCGAAGAAGUGGAACAAGAGCAGAAGGUUUUGAAAAAGAAGAGGAAGAACAAAGACACUGACGAGAGCAGACAAUAA